AUGGCGCAUCUAUCUUCGAAUCUCCCUUUGAGGAAAUUCUUCGGCUCUGACGCAGAUGAAACUAAAGUUCAACCGGCUGUUGCAGAUCUUGAAAUUCCGCUUUCAAAUGCAAGCACUCGAGAUUUGGAGGAAGGAAUCAAUGACCCUGACAACACGGAUGGAAACGUUCCCAGAGCAGAUGGAGGUAAAGAUGCUUGGCUGUUCUUAGCUGCACACUUUUUAUUCGAAGCAUUAAUCUGGGGAUUUCCGUUCGCUUUUGGAGUUUUCCAGACGUACUACUCUACUCACCCGCCCUUCGAUAAACAUGCAAACGAUAUAGCUAUUACAGGAACUUGUGCUACUGGAAUCAUGUAUCUUUUUGCAUCCAUUUCCCUCUACGUUCUGGAGACGUUCCCGCCAACUCGCAGGCUAUCUUCAAUAUUGGGACUUGUUAUUGUAGUGAUAGCCCUAGUUGCAGCUAGUUUCGCUACAGAAGUUUGGCACCUCAUUACUACUCAAGGAUUUCUAUAUGCUAUUGGGGGCAGCCUUUUGUACUCUCCAACAAUAUUCUAUCUCGACCAAUGGUUCGUCAAGCGAAAGGGUCUCGCACUUGGUGUUAUGUGGUCAGGUGUGGGAACUUCAGGUCUCAUCUUCCCAUUUCUCCUGUCAUAUCUUGUCGAUCGAUGCGGAUUCCGCGGUACUCUUCGGAUUUGGGCUGCUAUCUUGUUCCUACUUUGUUGCCCAUUGAUCUAUUAUAUCAAACCGAGGAUUCCAACGAAGUUCUCUAGCCAACCACCAUCAAAACCAAGCUACACAUUCCUUAGGUCACCCAUAUUCUGGUUUCUGCAGAUAGCAAAUAUCUUGUCCUCACUUGGAUUCUUCGCACCUUCCAUUUAUCUUUCGUCGUAUAGCGCUUCGCUUUCAUUCUCCCCUGUGCUUGGAACUUCACUCAUCGCACUCCUGAAUUUCUUUUCCGUGAUCGGAGCUAUUUCACUAGGCCAUCUUUCGGAUGUCAGGCAUAUAACUACCGUCAUACUUCUCUCAUCUACUCUAUCUACUCUAUCUGUAUUUAUGCUAUGGGGCAUUUCAACCUCCCUUCCAUCUCUAAUUACAUUUACCAUUAUCUAUGGAACUUUUGCAGGAGGGUGGAGUGCUAUCUGGGCAGGAAUGAUACGAGAGGUCCAACGUGCAGAUAGCAGCGCUGGUUUUGGUGUAUUGAUGGGUCUAUUUAGCGCAGGAAGAGGAGUGGGAAGCGUAGCAUGUGGACCAGUUACUGAAUUGCUCGUUCAGUAUGGAGGGUUUGGGAGUUUGGGAGGCGGUUAUGGCACUGAGUAUGGAGCGGUGAUAGUAUUCACCGGAGUAAGUGCUGCCUGUGGAUUGAUAGGGGUAGUUGCAAGGUUUUGGAAAGUGGAAAGAGCUUGAGAGACACACGAUGCACGAAACAAAUUGAUAGCUAUCAGAGCUACUAAAUAGCACACUUCGAUGCUACAGUCCAUGUCUGUCGACCAAAUAGUGUCUCAAAUACAUCUGACGAUUUUGAACAGAUUGUGUUCUGGUGUAAGAGUCUGUCACAUGACUGGGUGUGAGAAGUUUAGAAUGGUGUCACGAGUUGACAAGUGAAGCGCAAUUUUAUAGGCUACAGGGAGCCUUGAUUGCUAAACGGAUUUCUGAAAUUAGAUCAAAGACACGAACCUGUCGUUUUGGUUUAUUGAAACGAAAAAUAAAAGGCGGUCUUUCUUCAAACAUCCACCAGUGGGUGUACGCAAUUGGGUGUACGGACUGACGGAUACUGCAAAAAUGGACUUGUGAAUAUCUCUUGAUGUUUCAGAUCGUUUAUUCUAGGAAUUGUUACAAUUGAUGAUUAGAGAUAAAACAAUCAAAAUGUGAAAUCU